CGGCCCGGGAAAUGGGCGCUCCUCUGCCCUGGCUUCACCUGCCAGUGAUCAGAGCACCGCCCCCACCGGAGCCCAGAAUUGAGGCAGAGCGGGAGCCCAAACCCGAGCCCAAGCCAGUCGAGGAAGUCGUGCUUCCUCCAGCCAAGAAGGCUUCUCUGCUUCAGGAGCUGACAGUCGGCAUCAAUGGAUUUGGACGCAUCGGUCGCCUGGUGCUGCGUGCCUGCAUGGAGAAGGGCGUUAAGGUGGUGGCAGUGAAUGAUCCCUUCAUUGACCCAGAAUACAUGGUGUACAUGUUUAAGUACGACUCCACCCACGGCCGAUACAAGGGGAAUGUGGAGUUCAAGAAUGGACGGCUGGUCGUGGAUAAGCAGGAGAUCACUGUCUUCCAGUGCAAGCAGCCCAGAGAAAUCCCCUGGAGGUCCGUCGGGAGCCCUUUUGUGGUGGAGGCCACAGGCGCGUACCUGUCCCUAGAGGAAACUUCGAGCCACAUCGAGGCAGGCGCCCCACGUGUGGUCAUCUGCGCACCCUCACCAGACGCACCCAUGUUCGUCAUGGGGGUGAACGAAAAGGACUAUAACCCCGGCUCCAUGAAAAUUGUCAGCAAUGCCUCCUGCACCACCAACUGCCUGGCCCCCCUCGCCAAGGUCAUCCAUGAGCGAUUUGGGAUCGUGGAAGGGCUGAUGACCACCGUCCACUCCUACACUGCCACCCAGAAGACUGUGGAUGGGCCAUCAAAGAAGGCCUGGAGAGACGGACGGGGCGCCCACCAGAAUAUCAUCCCAGCUUCCACAGGGGCUGCCAAGGCCGUGGGCAAAGUCAUCCCAAGCCUCAAAGGGAAGCUGACAGGAAUGGCGUUCCGGGUGCCAACCCCAGACGUGUCUGUUGUGGACCUGACCUGCCGCCUAGCCCAGCCUGCCCCAUACUCAGCCAUCAAGGAGGCCAUAAAAGCAGCAGCCAAGGGGCCCCUAGCUGGCAUCCUUGCCUACACCGAGGAUGAGGUCGUCUCCACGGACUUUCUCGGUGACCCCCACUCGUCCAUCUUCGAUGCUAACGCCAGCAUCGCGCUCAACGACAACUUCGUGAAGCUCAUUUCCUGGUACGACAACGAAUAUGGCUACAGUCACCGGGUGGUGGACCUCCUCCGCUACAUGUUCAGCCGGGACAAGUGAAGCGGGACAACCCCUCUCCCGAUCCCCUGUGCUCCCGAGCCAGAACCCGUAUCCCCCGUCCCGGCGCACGGCUCCCGGGGAAGUGGGCGCCCACGCGAGGGGCCCCGCCUCUGGUCCAGCGGUGAAAUAAAAAUCCGGAGUGCUCAAGCCUGCGCCGCGUGUUUGUGCGCCGCUCCCGGCAGGGUCCCAUCCUGCUCCAGGCCGGCCCGCGCCCUGCGGCCGGAGGCCCCACUGCGAGACGGCCCGGUGCAGGUACGCGCCGCGCAAGCUCCCACUGCCCGUCCGGGCGCCGCCGUCGCGCUCUGCGUGACGUCACCGCGCCGGCGCCGGCCGGCUCGCUCCCAGAAGGC